GUUUUUGAGAUUUUAACGUUGUUUCGUAAAAAUUAGGGCUUUCUCUUCCCUUCGUCCCUCCCCUCUUCCUUGUUCAUUAACCAAAAUUGAAACAUCCGUCUGCGUAAUUUCUGUCGGAUUAGAGUGAAAUUUCGUUUCGUGGCUGAGAAAAGUUGUAGGUGUGGCAGAGAUGGGUACAGAGCAGUGGAUGGGGGAGUUUGUUAAGAAGCUCCAGGUUGAAGAUCAGGAGAAGUUGGAGCUGGCUUAUGGUGUUGAAAUCGAAGCCGAGGCAGUGAUAGUUGCUUCCCGCAUCAUCAUGCAAUACCCCGAUGUUUUUCAGUUCAAUAGUAGUGGAGGAGAAUUCGAUGACACCCGGAAGGAAAUUUUGCAAAAUAAGGUUGUUGAGCUUUUAGAGGAAGCUUGUGGAAAAUUGAGGCAUAAAUUUGAGUAUUCUAGACAAGAAGAGGAUGAUCUAGAUGUUGGUGAGUACCAGUUGCAUCGCACACUAGUUGAGUUAAACGAAAUCAAGAAAGAAAGAGAUCCAUCCACACAAAAGUGGAGUGAUCGUUUGACAAAGGAACAUGAAGAAUUGAAGGUUAUGUGGAACCAGUUGGAGAUGAACUGGAUGCAAGUAAAAACUUCACGGCAGAGAUAUGACAUCAGAGCUCGAGAGGCGCUGUUGUUGGAAAGGAUGCAUGAAAGGUUGGUCUUUUGUAUAAAUGAGGCAAGACUAAAGAUGGUGAACAGUUUCUCUGGGAUGUUGCAAUGGUUUGAUGACCAUGUGACCGAGCUUUUAUAUACAACUCGCAAAGAUUUUAAGCAUGAGCUAACCGUUAGCCCGCAUGUUGUUGCGAAGGCGGCAAGCCCCUUGAUUAAUGCUCCACCGCCAUUGUUGCUUUCUGAACCAACACUGCCUAAGAACCUUGAACAAAGAAUUGCUAAGAGGGUAGUUGGGCAAGAACAUGUUCUACUUGCAAUAACUGCUGCUCUAUCAAAGCAGAGGCCUGAGCAACGCCCUAUUGGAUCCUUCCUCUUCAUGUGCGGCUCCGGUUAUGGGAGGACAGAAAUGGCCAAAUCUGUAGCCGGACUACUUUUUGAUAACAAAGACAUGAUAGCAGAGUUUGACCUGGCAAAAUACUCAGGUCCAAAUUCUUUCUCACGCCUCGUUGGACUUCUUUCUAGUCAUGUGGAGCCGGGCAUGAAGAGGGAGCGCUCAGAGGCUGUUAAGAAGAGGCCUAUAGGUGUCAUUUUGUUUGACAAUGUUGACAAGGCUCAUGAAUCUGUUAUUGACAUUCUGACCGAGAUUAUAGGUUUUGGUCAUCUAAUAGAUGGUCAAGGGAACAUUGUUGACUUCACUAAAACAUUGAUAAUCAUGACAACAAAUGUUGGAUGUGAUAAAUACUGGCCAUGGAAUUGCAAAUGUGCAGAUGAAGUUCAGAAGUUUCCCGUCAAAGAAGGAUUAUAUGAUGAUGAAUGGGAAACAAAACACAAUUUAUGUUACCUUUCUCUUCUGAGGGAGGCAAAACAGCAUUUCAGACCUCAGUUGCUUGAAUAUUUGGAUGAUGUGAUUGGAAUUAGGUCUCUAUCUGUUCAGCAGUUGAAGGCGGUUGCUAGACUGCAGCUAAGGGACAUUGCCAGCUGCAUGACGCAGAAGGGCCUCAUUAUAUACCCAUCUGAAGCUGCAUUAGAUAUUAUCAUCCAGAGGUCAACUUGGCUUGGAGAUAGAAUCAGAGGUGGAGAGAGAAUAAGGAUGUGGCUUGAAGAGAACUUGGUUCCGCUGCUGUUUGAGAAGCUUGCGAAGACCGGUUUAAAUGAGUUGUCUAUCAUUUAUAUUGAAGCCUCGGUGGAGACAAACCACUUGUCCUACAGCUGGGCAAAUUGUGGACAUUCAUUGGAUGAACAAAAUAUGAACCAAUUAACAUACUUAAGAGAUUUGAGAUUGAUGUACCGUAAAGAGAAAGAACGAGCAAAGAAUGUCUAUGUUCUAAGAAAACUUCACAACAGAUUAAUCGCAAGUGCCAAUGCUGAAUUGGGUCAUGUUACUGCUGUUGUUCAAGAGCUGGUUAAUACAGUUCAUGAUCUAGUUACAAUUCCCAGCGGUAUCAAGUCUUUGCUCGACAAUCCUAAAAUGGUGGCGGAGGCAGCCUUGAACGAGGACGAGGUUAGGCAGAACAAGAGGGCUAAAACAUGAAGCAAGGAUCGAGUUGCUCGGAGAUUGAAUUACGAAAGUUUUGAUCGAGUAGCUCAUUGUAUGGAGAAUCCGGAAAUGUGAUCUUUUACCCUUCUUCAGAUUGCAAUUUGCUAACUUGCUUUUUCGGGUUCAACUCUUCUAACGAUGCGAAUCUUGCUGCACCCCCUUUGUCAAAAGGACUCGGCAUAGACAGGAUCAGCUGCCCGGAGUCCUGCGCUGUUUAGUUCGCAAAGCUGGCCGAAGUUUCAUGCAGAUGUAAAAUACUAACUUAUCAGACUAACCAAAGUGUUUUUUUUGGGCCAAGUUUUACAGAAGAAUUUUCUAUGGAGUUUCACAAUUUUUAGCUUCAGUGUAAAUAUUUAAUUUGAUCGACAUUACUGUAAAUCCGUAUUUACUUUUACCCCAGGUAAGGGUCAACUCCAAGCCGAUCGAAUGCAUGUAUUUGUUACA